GAGCUUUGUGAAGAUCCUCGUUUGUUCGUCAAUGGCAUCAGCUCCCACGACUUGCACCAAGGGAAGCUGGGAAACUGCUGGUUUGUGGCGGCGUGUUCCUGUCUGGCUCUCCGGGACAGUCUCUGGCAAAAGGUAAUUCCCAAGUUUAUGGAGCAGGAGUGGGAUCCAAGGCAGCCGGAGAAAUACACGGGAAUGUUUCACUUCAAUUUCUGGUGUUUCGGGGAGUGGAUUGAUGUGGUUGUUGAUGACCGACUACCCACGGUCAACGGCGAGCUGAUUUUCUGCCAUUCCAAGGAACGCAAUGAAUUCUGGAGUGCACUUCUGGAGAAAGCAUAUGCCAAAUGCUACAAGAAGGGGGACCCGCGAUACUCGCGGGGGGAAGGAGUAUUCCCCAUGGCUCCCAGCCUCCAGAAGCAGGACCUCCGCAGGAGAAGGAAGCAGCAGCAGCCUUUAACCGCCCGGGAUUUUGAGACAGAAACGGCCAUGGGUUUGAUCCAAGGCCAUGCCUACUCGGUGACGGCCAUCCGGAAGGUGAGCCUGGGAGAGCGGCUGCUGUCCUGCUCCAAAUCUGAGAAGCUCUUCAUGAUCCGGCUGAGGAAUCCCUGGGGGAAGAAGGAGUGGAACGGCGCGUGGAGUGAUGAGUCGGAGGAGUGGACAAACGUGAGCGAUAAAGAAAGAAGGAAGAUCGGACUCACCAUGGACAAUGAUGGAGAGUUCUGGAUGACCUUUGAAGACUGGUGCAAAAAUUUCACUGACGUUGACAUCUGUCGGCUUGUGAACACCUCCUUCUUUAGCAUCCACAAAACCUGGGACAAGAAGAUCAUGUGUGGAGCCUGGAGAAAGAAUCCAGACCCCCUUUUAAACCACGCUGGUGGAUGCUUCAAUAACAGAGCCACUUUCCUGCAAAACCCUCAGUACGUCUUUGAUGUUAAGAAGGCAGAGGACAAAGUCCUGAUCUCCCUGCAGCAGAAGGACCAGCGAAUUCACAAGAAAGAAGGGAAAGGGGAGAACUUCGUCAUCGGCUUUGAAAUCUUCAAGGUGGAGGACAACAGAGAAUGUCGAAUGCAUACGAUGCACAUACAAGAGAAGGUGGCGACCUCUGCGUACAUCGACAUGCGCACGGUGUUUUUGAAGGUGCUUCUCAAGCGAGGCCGAUACGUCCUGAUCCCAACCACAUUCAGCCCCGGUGUGGAAACAGAGUUCAUGCUGAGGGUGUUCACGGAUGUGCCGUCAAAACUCAGGGAGCUGAAGCUGAACAAACCCAAGCCGGAGUGCCUGGAUAUGCUGCGUGGCUUCCCUAAGAGGGUGUCUCAGAUACGAAUCCAUGCGGCAGAAGGCCUCGAGAGCCAAGACCAGAGUGGGGGAGCGAACCCUUACCUGAUCGUCAGCUGUGAGAAUGCAAAGGUUCGCUCUCCGGUGCAGCAGGGAACCGUCAAUGCUGUUUUCAACACUCAAGCCAUUUUCUAUCGAAGGAAUGUUAAGCAUCCUAUUGUGGUCCAGCUGUUUCACACGCGUCUAUUGAGGAAGCCUUUUUUUAGUCGAAGUCCAUGCGGAUGA